UGGAAGAACCGCUCUUUUCUCUCUGCUGCAGUACUUUUUUCGUCACAGUUUUUUCUGCUGAAAAAAGAAAAACCAAUGGACAUUGUGAAUUUCAUUUGCCCUAAAAAUCCAAAUGUUGCUGAUGAUCGUAAUGGAAAUUUAGAGUGUUUGGAUAAUAUAGUGCUAGGUUUUGGACCAAAUUUGGUGACUGUAAUUAUAAUUGUUGUACUUGGAAUUAUCCGGAGGAAUGCUUCAGUUAGAUAUAGUAGGGAUGCUGGAAUGAGCCGUUUAGAGGUCUUCCUUUUUAGUGUCUUACCCGCUGUUGGAGCAUGCCUAUCCAUGUAUGAUAUUGUUUUACUUUCAACGAAAGCUUUUCAAGGGAAAAUUACUCUCUAUCAUCAGUGGAUGUUCAGAUGUUCCCAAUUCUUAGUCUGGGCAGUCAUUAUGCCACACUGGAAGUAUGACUACUGGUGCUCUAUUUUCUGCAACCGGGUGCUCUGCUUUUGGUGGAUAGCAAAAGCUCUAUUUGAGUUUCCUUAUUUAGUAAUGGUUUUCUCAUCGCACGAGGUAACUAGAUGGCUUAAAGAGAGUUUUUCUACACUGGUGGUUAUCUUCUUUGGUGUAUUCCUUAACACUGUCAGAGUAAUGAGAACCUCCAAUGGAAGCAGGAAACUUGAAUUAUUGGAAGAUCCACUUGUUUCUAGCAACAUAGAGUUAGAAGAGUGCAGUGUUGGAGAUUUUACUGGAAUUUUUCGUAGCUUUUGGUAUCAUCUUACUUUCAAGUCUAUCAACUCAGUAAUGGAUAUUGGAGUGAUGAAGCAGCUUGGCUAUGAUGACUUAAUCCAACCACCGAUUGAACUGAACACAUCUUCCUGCUAUAGUGCUCUGCUAGAAAGUUGGGUAGCUGAACAGAGGGACCAUAAAACACAUCCUUCAUUGUUUAGAGCAAUUUGUUAUACAUAUGGCUGGCAAUAUAUGUAUCUUGGUUUAUUAAAGGUAGUGAAUGACUGUCUUGGUUUUGUGGGACCACUACUUCUGAAUAGACUUAUUUGGUUUCUUCAACAAGGUUCUGGGCAUUUGGAUGGCUACGUUCUUGCCAUUUCCUUGGGCCUUACAUCCAUCAUUAAGUCGUUCAUGGAUACACAAUAUACUUUUCUCCUGGCGAAACUAAAACUAAAGCUAAGGUCCAGUAUAAUGACAAUUAUGUAUCACAAGUGCCUCAGCAUUAGCCUUGCAGAACGCUCAAAAUUUUCUGAAGGUGAAAUUCAGACAUUCAUGUCUGUGGAUGCUGAUCGAACAGUGAACCUGUUUAACAGCUUCCAUGAUAUGUGGAGUCUGCCUUUACAAAUUGGAGUGGCACUGUAUCUACUGUACACUCAAGUCAAAUUUGCUUUCCUUUCUGGAAUCACAAUAACGGUGUUGCUAAUACCUGUAAACAAAUGGCUCUCUACUUUGAUCGCAAGAGCAACGGAGGAAAUGAUGAAACAAAAGGAUGAAAGAAUCAGAAAAGCAGGAGAACUUUUGACUUAUAUCCGUACAUUGAAGAUGUAUGGAUGGGAGCUUUUGUUUGCAGAUCGUUUAAGGGUGGCCAGAUCCCUGGAAGUGAAGUAUUUAUCUACCAGGAAGUAUUUGGAUGCAUGGUGUGUAUUCUUUUGGGCAACCACACCAACACUCUUUUCGCUGUUCACAUUUGGACUCUUUGUGUUGACAGGGCAUUCACUCAAUGCCGCAACGGUUUUCACAUGUCUCUCUCUUUUCAAUACCUUGAUCUCUCCGUUAAAUUCGUUCCCAUGGGUCAUUAAUGGGUUGAUUGAUGCUAUCAUAUCUACUAGGAGAUUGGCUAAAUUUCUCUCAUGUCCCGAGCAUAUUUCUCAACGGGUACUCACAGCUGACCCGUCAUCUAAAUUUCUCUUCAACCCCUUGGUUGAUAUUGAUUUUGAUCAUAUGGCGGUUAUCAUCCGAGAUGCAUCAUGUACAUGGUUGAACAUCAACGGUGAGGAAUGUAGCUCUGUGCUGAAUGCGAUAACUCUGGACCUUCCCAAGGGAUCACUUGUUGUAGUAAUCGGAGAGGUAGGUUCUGGGAAAUCAUCCUUGUUAAAUUCAAUUCUUGGAGAAACUCGGCUUGUUCGUGGAAGAAUACACUCAUUUGGGUCAAUAGCGUAUGCGUCACAGGUCCCGUGGAUAUUGUCGGGCACUGUGCGUGACAAUAUUUUGUUUGGAAGGGAGUAUGAUGCGAAAAGAUAUGCAGAAGUGCUACAAGCAUGCACUCUUGAUGUUGAUAUUUCCUUGAUGGUUGGAGGUGACCUAGCUUAUAUAGGGGAGAAGGGAGUCAAUUUAUCAGGUGGACAGAAAGCACGUCUUUCACUCGCGAGGGCUGUGUACUCUGGUGCGGAUAUAUUUAUGCUAGAUGAUGUUCUCAGCGCAGUUGAUACUCAAGUUGCUUCCUGGAUUUUAUACAGAGCCAUUUUGGGACCUUUAAUGAAUAGGCAGACACGUGUCCUCUGUACUCAUAAUGUUCAGGCAAUGCAAUCUGCUGACAUGAUUGUUAUUAUGGACAAAGGAGAAGUCAAAUGGGCAGGAAGUUUGGCUGAAUACUCAGUCUCUCCGCAUGUAGUAGUCUCAUCGUUUGAAGAAUCAAUGGAUUCAGCGUCCCAAUUUGCACGGCAGGAUAGUAAUGUCUGGGUUUCACUUGAUAGAAAAUAUGAGGUCCUGCUGCAAGGAAACACCGCAACUGCUCAGGAUGAACCACAAGAAUUCAUUGAAGCAGAGCUGAGAAAGGAGGGCAAAGUUGAACUCAGCGUAUAUAAAGCAUAUGCCAAAUUUUCCAGCUGGCCAGUGGUUAUUAUAAUUUGUAUCUCGGCUGUUUUAAUGCAAGUGUCACGUAAUGGAAAUGAUUUGUGGUUAUCAUACUGGGUUGAUUCGGUUACGGGGAGGCACAAAGCUAACUAUUCCACAUCCUUUUAUCUGGUAGUUCUCUCUGUCUUCUGUCUCUCGAAUUCUCUCUUAACCUUGGUAAGGGCGUUCUCUUUUGCAUUUGGAGGUCUAAGAGCUGCAGUUCAGGUGCACAGUGACCUUCUAAACAAAUUGAUCAGUGCACCUGUAAAUUUCUUUGAUAGGACACCAACUGGACGGUUGCUGAACAGAUUGUCAUCAGAUCUAUACAUGAUUGAUGACUCUCUUCCCUUCAUUCUUAACAUUCUCUUAGCUAAUUUUGUUGGCCUCGUGGGCAUCGCAGUAGUAUUAUCAUAUGUACAGGUCAUAUUUUUGCUUCUGCUACUGCCGCUGUGGUAUAUUUACAGCAAGUUACAGUUUUACUAUAGAGCAACAUCCCGUGAGCUGCGGAGGCUUGACAGUGUUUCUCGUUCUCCUAUUUAUACAUCUUUCACAGAAACACUAGAUGGGUCAUCAACUAUUAGAGCAUUCAAAGCGGAGGAUUAUUUCUUAGGUAGAUUCAUGGAUCACAUUGCAUUCUAUCAGAAAACCUCGUACUCAGAGUUGAUCGCAAGUUUAUGGCUUUCUUUGCGCUUACAAUUGCUAGCAGCAUUUAUAAUCUCUUUCGUGGCCCUGAUGGCUGUUCUUGGAAGCCGUGCCGAUUUUCCUAUCAGCUUGGGUACACCUGGACUGGUGGGCUUGGCUCUCUCGUAUACGGCUCCAAUUGUGUCUCUGUUGAGCAGUUUCUUAUCCAGUUUCACUGAAACAGAAAAGGAAAUGGUUUCUGUUGAACGGGUGCUGCAGUAUAAGGAUGUUCCCGAAGAAGAAUUCCAGGGAUGCAAACCUCUGCAUAAAGAUUGGCCCUUCCUAGGAAAGAUUGAAUUUCAAAAUGUCACCUUGCGGUAUUUGCCAUCUUCGCCACCUGCUCUCCGGGGUAUUACUUUUACUGUUGCAGGAGGGACACAGGUUGGAGUAAUUGGAAGAACGGGUGCUGGAAAAUCUAGUGUGAUAAAUGCCCUUUUUCGCCUUAAUUCAAUAUGUGGAGGGUGUGUUAUAGUGGAUGAUGUAGAUAUUGCUGACAGUGCUGUUAGAGAUCUCCGGUCACAUUUUGCUGUUGUUCCUCAGAGCCCAUUUUUGUUUGAAGGACUGCUUAGGGACAAUAUAGAUCCAUACGGGGUGACAAGCGACUCAAAAAUUUGGGAGGCUCUUGAGAAAUGCCAUGUUAAGGAUGAGGUUGAAGCAGCAGGAGGCUUGGACAUUCAUGUGAAAGAAGAUGGAAUUUCAUUUUCUGUUGGGCAACGGCAGCUUUUGUGCCUUGCUCGUGCUCUGUUGAAAUCUUCUAAGGUACUCUGUUUGGAUGAGUGCACUGCCAAUGUAGACACUCAAACAGCAAAGUUACUACAAAAUGCUAUAUCCAGUGAAACCAAAGGCAGAACAGUGAUUACGAUUGCUCAUCGAAUUUCCACCGUUAUGAACAUGGAUAAGAUUCUGAUUCUUGACCAAGGGAGAUUGGUUGAGGAAGGCGACCCACGGAUUCUGUUACAAGAUGAAUUCUCCAGGUUUUCUAGUUUUGCUAAAGCUUCAACAAUGUGAUUGCGUUGUUGCUGGUCAAGUCUUGCUUCUCAUUUGAAUUCCAAAUAAGAACGGGUUACUUCGUACUGGGGUAGCUCAUGCUGUUGCUGCUAUAAGUGGGAACAAUUAGAGAUAAGCAUGUGUGUAGGUUCAAGCAGAUAUACUAGGGAUCAGUGUGAACCCUCCUUAGGUUUGUGAUUCUUCUUCACGUUUUCCGUGUGUCAUUGGAAUGUGUAAGGUCAAAACCGAGAAACAUUAUUAAGAUUAAUGAUCGAAUGUUGGAAUACUGAGCUUUCUGCUCAUAGAAAUAGAAACUUUCUUGAUGAACUGAAAUUCUAUAGUACCAAUCUGAAUCUGUCA